AUGGCCACGGAAGCUCCCAGAGACGAACGAAGCGACCUUCAAGCUCCCCUUAGCGAGAAUGAAAAGACAGUGUCCUCCUCGAAUACUCCCACACUACACGAACCGGCCCAGGAAGAAAUCCAGGCGAAACCAGAAGUCGAACUCCCAGCCGAGGAAGAUGAUGAAACUCAGUGGUUGACAGGAUGGAAGCUUGUUAGCAUGAUCACCUCUCUUACACUCGCAGCCUUCCUGAUGCUGCUUGACAUGUCGAUUAUCAGCACGGCUAUUCCUCGAAUCACCUCAGACUUUCACUCUCUGCAUGAUAUCGGAUGGUAUGCUAGUGCAUACAAUCUUUCAAGUGCUGCCCUCCAACCACUUACAGGCAAAUUAUACAUGUACUUCAAUACCCGGUGGAUCUUCUUGAGCCUGUUCUUUGUCUUUGAGCUCGGCAAUUUGAUUUGCGGUGUUGCUCAGUCUUCUACUAUGCUCAUUAUCGGACGAGCGAUUUCAGGCAUUGGCUCGUCCGGAAUACAGAAUGGCGCUCUCACGAUCAUCGCAUCGGCGGUCCCUAUCCACAAGCGCCCUUCCCUAGUAGGAAUUCUUAUGGGAUGUGCUCAGUUGGGAAUUGUAAGCGGUCCCUUGGUAGGAGGCGCUUUCACCCAGUAUACCACUUGGCGAUGGUGCUUCUAUAUUAACCUCCCGAUUGGCGCCAUCUGUACCAUCCUGAUCCUUAUCGUUCCUAUUCCAAACCAUCGUGCUCCCACGGACGAAACUGCCAUGUAUCUUCUGAAAACAAAGUUCGAUUUCACUGGCCUCUUCAUGUUCAGUCCAAGUAUAGUCAUGUUGCUGCUGGCACUCCAGUGGGGCGGUGUCGACUAUGCUUGGGACUCUGCGACAAUUGUCGGCCUCUUUUGCGGUGGCGGUGUUCUUUUCGCGAUAUUCGUAUUCUGGGAACACCGUGUUGGUAGGGAUGCAAUGAUUCCGAUGCCCAUCGUGCGUACGAGACAAGUCUGGACCUCGUUGUUAACCAACCUAUUCCUGUUUGCAACCAUCAUGGUGGCAUCUUUCUACCUGCCUGUCUAUUUCCAAUCGGCUAAAGAUGCGUCGCCGUUUACAAGUGGUGUUAAUCUGCUUCCUAGCAUUCUCAUGUUGAUUGUGGCAGCUGUUUCGAGCGGUGCUUUAGUUCAGAAGACAGGUUAUUAUAUACCAUUCGCGGCUGCCAGUGCGAUUUUCUCAGCUAUAGGAUUCGGUCUCGCAUCGACCAUGGGUCCAUAUACUUCAACCGCCAAAUGGGCAGGCUACCAGAUCUUAAUAGGUUUUGGUCGUGGACUCGGUCUUCAGAUGCCCAUCAUCGCCGUCCAGGCCAACACGAAACCUGAAGAGACACCCAUUGCCAUGUCUAUUCUGACUUUUUCCCAAACCUUUGGGGGUGCCAUUUUCGUAACUGCCGCCAACGUUAUAUUCACCCACGAGCUCCGUCAGGAACUUGUAUCAAGACUUCCCAGCAUUAAUCCCGAUAUGAUCAUCGACGCUGGUGCUGGCGCUGUGAGCGAAGUUGUUUCUAAAGAAAAUCUGCCUGGUGUUUUGUGGUCAUACUCUCAAGGCACGCGCGCAACGUUCUUACUCUGCGUGGCUUGUUCAUGUGUUAUGCUUGUGAUAUCGUUCGGUAUGGGUUGGAAAGACAUCAGAAAGAAGCCUGCAUCUGAUGCUGGUGAGGCUUGA